UGUAAAUAGAGAUAUAUAGUGCCUGUGUAUUGUCAGCCUUGAAACAAUUAACCAUUGACUGUUACCUAGGGAAUCUUUUGUACUUGCUGAGCCAAUGUAUUUACACUUCAAAAACGUGAUAAAAUUAAAUUUAUUGAAGUAGAAGGUAUAAACUACUUUCGAAUAGUGAUUUAUAAAUCGAGCUACAGUAUUUACAAGUGCUAAUAAUUUGGCUUUCGUUAAAUUUGUUGUUCAUUUUGUAUUUUAUAAAAAAGAUUUGCAAUCAUGUCUCCCACCAAUUCUGAUCAAAAAAUGUCUAGUCAUAAAAGAACAGAUUACAUAUCUUGGGAUGAUUAUUUUAUGGGAGUUGCAUUUUUAGCAGCUCGAAGAAGCAAAGACCCGGUAACUGCUGUUGGAGCAUGUAUUGUUGAUAAGCAGAAGAGAAUAGUAGCGAUAGGAUAUAAUGGAAUGCCACGAGGCUGUAGUGAUGAUGAAUUUCCUUGGACUAAAUAUACUGAGGAUGAAUUAGACUCCAAACAUUUUUAUGUUUGCCAUGCAGAAGCAAAUGCUAUUUUAAAUAAAAAUUCACACGAUGUCGAGAAUUGUACGAUGUAUGUUGGAUUAUUUCCGUGCAAUGAAUGUGCAAAAUUAAUCAUACAAUCAGGCAUUAAAACUGUUAUCUAUAUGUCUGAUAAGCAUAGUCAUAAAACGAAAACCAUAGCAUCAAAACGACUUUUAGAUGCUGCGAAAGUUGAAUACCGGCAACAUAUUCCAGAAACGGAAAAAAUAGUAAUUGAUUUUAGUGCAAUAAAUUGGAAUCAACAAAAUCAAGCACCUGAGACUCCAUUAAAAAAGUUGACGCUUUAUAAGUAAAAGAUUUUAUUUUUUCAAUCAUGAUAGAUAAGAUAUGAUACACAAUUCAACUUUUCAAUGAGAAUAGCACGCAAAUCGUAAAAGGAUAACUAUAUUUACAUUUAAAUUAAUUAUUGUUAUUAAAAACAUAAGGUUGAAGCUGUAAAGCAAUUUUAUAAUCUAUAUUUACUUAUAUCAUUAAAGCAAAAAUUGUAUAUUUUUACACUUGCUUUAUUAAUUAUAGUGAGGUCUGAUGAAUAAUGUUUUAAUGAUUUUUAUAUUUAGUUGGACGUGUUUGUACAAGACAAAUAAAAAUUAUAUAUUUUUCACUAUAUUUUCGUAAAUGUGAAUUAUAAAUAAAAUUUAUUACAAGUAUUCAGACAAUAUUUGAGGAUAUUUAACACAUUUGGCAAAAGUCUUGUAUCAUUAAUGAAAAUUUUGUAUUGUUGACUUGAAUUGAAUAAGCACUGAUUGAUGCUAUAUAAACUUUGUGUACUGCAGUCUUAUUUACACUAUUUUGGUGUCGUCUAAAAUACCCUCAUAAUUAAACCAGUUAUAAAAAAGUAUUUCGUUUUUUUUAACAAAUAUCAAUUUCAUCAGUUUUAA